CGUCACCUAGCGUCCUUCUCGCCGCAGACUUUAUCUUCUGGGCACCGUCACACUCCUCGCCGAAAUUAACUCCCUUCUCGAUGGCGUCUCCUUCGCUCCUACAUUCCGCCGCUGCGGCGGCAUUUCGCGGUCAGCCCCUUAUAUUUUCCCCUCCGGCGGCCACGCGACUCCCGUCGAGAAGAAACCCUCGAAACGGCAACGGGUUGGUCUCGGUGAGAGCGACUGCUGAGAUUGUGCUGUUGGAGAAAUCGGAAGCCGAGAAGGUGAAUCGCCUGAAGACCACUUACCUCGAAAAAAUUGUUCCUCUUCUCAUGGAAGAGUUCUCCUACUCUAACAUUCAUCAGGUUCCAAAAAUUGACAAGAUUGUGCUCAACUGUGGGAUUGGGGAAGCUGCACAGAAUGCCAAGGGACUGGACGCAGCGAUGAACGACUUAGCCCUGAUUGCCGGCCAGAGACCAGUGAAAACUCGAGCACGGAACUCCAUUGCCACUUUCAAGAUCCGGGAGGGUCAGCCACUUGGAAUCGCGGUAACACUCAGAGGAAAUGUGAUGUUCUCAUUCUUAGACAGGCUCAUAAACUUGGGGCUUCCAAGGACAAGGGAUUUCCAGGGUGUGAGCACUAGUAGCUUUGACGGACACGGGAAUUACAGCAUUGGAAUAAGAGAGCAAGGUGUGUUCCCAGAGAUCAAGUUUGAUCUAUCAGGAAAGCCUAGGGGAAUGGACGUGUGCAUCUCAACCACAGCUAACACAGAUCAAGAAGCCCAGAAAAUGUUGGCUUUGAUGGGAAUGCCCUUCAGGGAAGGUGGCGGUGGUAGUGCCACUGGUUUGCCAAAGAAGAAGAAACUCAAAGCUCACCAUUUCGACCCAAAGGCCAAAGGGAAGUCAUCAAGGAGACGUUAGGGAUGAGAAGUGGCGUAUCUAUUCCACCAUUGUCUACAUUUGUUGUUGUGUUCUACUUGUAGUAAUGCGCAUUGAUCGUCUUAGAGUGGUUCAAGUCAAAAAGAUGUUCACCUUGUUUUUAUGACGUAGCAAAUUGUUCUCAUCGUUCCCCUUCGUCAUUCAUAUUCUGAAUGCAAUAAAUCAUGUUCAUUAUAUAGAGAUGGAGGUCGAUUGUUGAUUGGCAGUUCUAGUGUCUCAGCACGCAGUCUUUUCUUUCUAAAUAAACGCUUAAUCAAUUGGAAAUUCCAUU